AUGGAGAAAGAUUUGGUUCACCGUUUCCAUAAAAGGAAAAGAUCCAGCAGCAAUCCAGUCCAGAAACAUACGCGACGCAGGCUUACUACUAUUGAAUAUGAAUACAUACCUCUGCCGGAAGAUGAAGAAGAAGAACUGGUAGAGGAGGAAGUAGUUGAGAAAGUGGUAGAGAAAGAAGAAGAAGAAGAACCAGUAGAGGAGGAAGAGGAAGAAGAUCCAGAAGAGGAAGAAGAAGAAGAACCAGUAGAGGAGGAAGAGGAAGAAGAUCCGGAAGAGGAAGAAGAAGAUCCGGAAGAGGAGGGAGAAGGCUGCGAAAUUGAGUUGGAAGACUAUGUGCAUUGCCAAGGGAGUGAAAAUCAUGAUGAGGAUGUUGGAGAAAACAAUCCUAUGGAAGAUGAUGAAGCAACAUCUAAGUUUAAGGGCAUAGACCCUAUUUCUGCCACCCUUUCUAACCCUAAAGUCCUCGACUGCUGCAGCUGCUGUCAACCAUUGACUAUUCCUGUCUUCCAGUGCGAGAAAGGGCAUUUUGCUUGCUUUACCUGUUGUGCUCUUGGAAGGGAGUGUCUUGAGUGCUCAUCUCGCAUUCAUUACAACCGUUGCAAAGCUAUUGAGAAAGUGUUGGAAUCUAUUAACAUAUCAUGCCUUAAUGCAAAAUAUGGUUGCAAAGAGACAUUGAGUUACAGUGAAAGGAAUAACCAUGAGAAGAAAUGUAUCUACAUUCCAUGUUUAUGCCCACACAAAGGUUGUGACUUUAUACAUUCCUACAAUAACUUACAUUCCUACAAUGAUUUUUAUAACAGUUGCAUGAUAGCAGUUACAUUCCUACAAUAA